AUGGCAGAAUUUACAGGCUACAAGGAAACCUCCAAUCGUCACCUGCGUUUCAAAUUGCAGAGCCUCGGUCGCCGCCUUGAUGAACUGGAGGAAGCAACCAAAAACCUGCAGAAAGCAGAGGAUGAACUGCUUGAGCUCCAGGACAAAGUUAUCCAGGCAGAAGGCAGCAAUUCCAGCAUGCUGGCUGACAUUGAAGCCCUGCGGAAGAGGGUGCUGAAGAUCGAGGGCAAGGAUGAAGAAAUUAGGAAGGCUGAAGAACUUUGCCGGUUAAUGAAAGAAAAACUCGAAGAGGAGGAGAGUAUCACUCGAGGGCUGAAGUCAGAAAUUGAGCACCUUCAGAGGAGAAUGGCAGAGCUGGAGAAGCUGGAAGAGGCCUUUGGCAGGAGCAAGAAUGACUGUACACAGCUGUGUCUGAGUCUCAAUGAAGAAAAGAACUUGACCAAAAAAAUAUCUACAGAAUUAGAAAUACUCAGAGUGAAAGUGAAAGAACUGGAAGCAUCUGAGGACAGGCUGGAUAAAACCGAGCAGAGCUUAACGAGCGAGUUAGAAAAGAUGAAAUCCUUAGCCCUGAGCUUUAUCACAGAGAGAAAACAUUUUAAUGAAAGAGAAAAACAGAAUGAAAAAAUAAUCCAAGAGCUAACACAGAAACUAGAACAAAACAAUAAACUAAAUAGAGCAGAUCAAACUAGAAAUGCAUCCAACUUGCUAGAAAGGUCAUCCAAUAAUCUCCUAGAGAGAAAUGAUUUGAGAAUUGAAGAUGACUUGACUUCUGCGCUGCCUUCUAAGGAGACCAGGAGGAAGGGAAGUGUGGAUUACCUGAAACAUGUAGAAAAUGAAACCAGGAAUAAAUCAGAAAACCAAAAGAAUAAAAACCAGGAAGACAACAAAGUGAAAGAUCUCACCCAAGAAAUUGAGAAACUUAAAAGUCAGAUCAAGCGUUUUGAAUCUUUAGAAGAAGAACUUAAAAAAAUGAGAGCAAAAAACAGUGACCUGCAAGACAGUUACUUGAGUGAACAGAAUAAAAACAAACUCUUAACAGGCCAGCUAGAAGAAAUAAAAAUGCAAAUAAAGAAACAAAAAGAUCUGGAGAAUGGAGAGGUGGAAAAUGAAGAGACAAGCGUUCCUAGCAAGGGAAAACACGACCGACCUAAAUACAGAGGUGUCAUGGCUGAUUUGACAGCUGCCAAGCACAAAGCAAGGGAGCUGUCACCACAGCAGC